GAAACUUACAAAAAUUGUUUGUUUAGUAGAAUGUAUAAGAAAACAGAUUUUGUGGUGUUUAUUUUGUGGUAAAAAUUACAUGUUAAAGUGUACAUGUGUACCUUGAAUCAUUUUCAUCUUUCUUCUGAUAUCACCUCUGUUCCGAUGCUUACUUGCUUGGAGUUCACGGAGGAAAAGGGGGUGUACCCUUCUAGAAGAACGAUGUUUGCCCUUACCUUCCAAUGGGGAAUGUCCGAUCCUUCUCCUUAGUGCAGGAGAAGCAGAGCACUGUGCCGUGUGCACUGAGCAGUAUGACUGACAGAGCCCUACUUGUCCUGCAUGUCCCACCUGCACCUCCAGCUUUGUGUCCAGAACCUCCUCCAGGGAUCCUCAGAUAUUUCUUCCUGAUCUUGAAUUUAUGAGCUAGGAAGGGAUGCAGAUUGAGGUUAGCCAAGGAAGCAGCAACAUUCUACUGCUCUACAUCUAUUCACAGCAGAAAACUAAAAAAAAGGACCAUCAGUCCACAUCAAUGGCAGACGCAUGGAAUCGAAGUCUGGAGGACAUUUAUUUCUUGCUUGAAGAUGAAGGUCCAAAGCCAAGUGAAAACAUCCUUUUUGUGGUCAGAUUGUUCAUUGGUGUGACCCUUGUUUGUGUAAUACUAAUCUGUGGGGGAGGAAACCUGUUCUUCAUCUUCAACUUGAUGAUGUACAAACAUAUGCAAAAUGUGACUAAUAUUCUGAUAGCUAAUUUAGCGGUAUCUGACCUCCUUGUAGCUGUAAUCUGCUGUCCUUUCGAGAUAGACUAUUAUGUUGUGCGUGAACAGUCAUGGGCCUUUGGUCAUGUAAUCUGCUCUUCAGUCAUCUAUUUGAGGAUGCUUUCUCUCUACGUCUCAACGAAUGCGCUUCUCGCUAUUGCUAUAGACAGAUACCUUGUGAUUGUGCAUCCACUGAAGCCACGUAUGAAGUUGCAGACAGCCUGUGGAGUUUUAUUUCUUAUCUGGUCAUCUGCUACAGUGAUAGCGGCUCCCACAGCUUAUUUUGCUACAGAAACUGUGUUUGAUUCUCCACAUGAGUCUGGAGGGAAGGUCUUCUGUGGGCAGAUUUGGCCUGCUGAUAGAGCUCUGUACUAUAAGUCUUACUCCCUAUUUCUCUUGGUUGUAGAAUUUGUAAUUCCUGUGUUUAUUAUGAGCAUGUGCUACAUUCGCAUCUGUCAUGAACUUUGGUUCAAGUGCUUGCCGGGAGAGCAGACACAACAGCUCCGGAGCCGACUACGAGCUAGGAGAAAGGGUGUCAUGGUGUUGGUUGCUGUGCUUUCAGCCUAUGUACUGUGUUGGUCACCGUUUUAUAGUUAUGCCAUUGUAAGAGAUUUCUUUCCUGGUCUACUAUUAAGAGAGAGGUACGCUAUUGCUUUUUACUAUGUUGUAGAGUGCAUAGCUAUUAGUAAUAGCAUCAUCAACACUUUAUGUUUUGUCACUGGUAAAAACCAAGCCAAGUGUUGCUUUAAAAUACUGAUUAACCCAUGGGAGAAAAGAACUUUAUCAACAGAACGACACAUUAUACUCCAUGACUGUAAAUCAACAGUACAACCAUGUGCUGUAUAGUCAUUGUCUUAUACCAAGAAUUGCAGAUAUUAUACCAGUAGCUAAAUGACAAGCAAUGGUGCCUAUAGAGUCAGAAUACGCAACUGCUAUGGGGCCCACGGGACAGUGCAGAUUGUGGUUGUGCCUAUGUGUCUAUAGCUCCCUCCCCCAGAAUGGAUUACAUGCACAUCACCGAUCGCAAGCCCCCCUUCCCCCACCUCCCGAACUGCUAGUCCCAGUGGCCACUGCCUCAGGACUUAGCUGGCCGAUAAAAAGAUGUUCAGCUGUUUUAUUGGCCAGCCAUGGCUCUGUUCUCUGCCAGAAGAAGCAGUUUGGAAGGUGGGGGAGGGCUGAGGGUGACAGUGGCCCCAUUCUGGUUUAGGCAAUCAAUCCUAUGUACGCUCCUAGGUUUAGGGUCACAUUAUUGGGCCCCAAAGCAAAUUUUUGUAUGGAG